UCCCGAUCCUGACGGGGGAGGACUGGAAUGCUGUGAUGUACCACGGGAUCGAGUCGCAGGGCGGGGUCCGCUCGGGGAUGUUCUCCUCUAUCUACUUCAUCGUCCUGACGCUGUUUGGGAACUACACCCUCCUGAACGUCUUCCUGGCCAUUGCUGUGGACAACCUGGCAAAUGCCCAGGAGCUGACCAAGGACGAGGAGGAGAUGGAGGAAGCCACCAACCAGAAGCUGGCCCUGCAGAAGGCCAAGGAAGUGGCCGAAGUGAGCCCCAUGUCUGCAGCCAACAUUUCCAUAGCAGCUUUUGUAAAGCAAACUCGAGGUACUGUAUCUCGCAGCUCGUCAGUCUCCAGCGUAAAUUCACCCAAGCAGCAGAACUCCUCCAAAUCCAAGUCGGUCUGGGAGCAGAGGACCAGCCAGAUCCGGAUGCACAACUUCCGAGCCAGCUGCGAGGCCCUGUACAACGAGCUGGACCCCGAGGAGCGGGUCCGUUACGCCACCACCCUGCACAUCAGGCCGGACAUGAAGACCCACCUGGACCGGCCGCUGGUGGUGGAGCCCCGGAGCGAAGGCAGGAACAACAUCAACAAGCUGAGCCCCGGGGACGUGCAGGAGGUGCAGGAGCACCCCAAGGGCAGCUCUGCCGACGGGGCAGAAGCUCCGCGGAAGCACCACCGGCACCGGGAUAAGGAGAAACAGGCGGAGCAGGAGAAGGGCGACGCGCCCAAGGAGGAGAGCGCAGAGACCGCGGCCGCCAACAAGGAGGAGCGGCACCGGCAGCACCGGAGCCGCAGCAAGGAGGUGGAAGGCGGGAGCAAGGAAGGGAAGAGCGAGCGGAACAGGGGGCAGGAAGGGGGGAAGAGGCACCACCGGCGGGGCUCGGUGGAGGAGUCGGGGGAGAAGGAGCACCGCAGGCACCGCACCCACCGGCACUCCACCGAGCGCCAGGGCAAGGACGGCAACGGCACCGCCAACGGCGCCCGCGGGGAGCGGCGCUCCCGGCACCGCGGAGGGUCCCGCUCCGGCAACAGGGAUGGGGAGCCCAAGGGGGAGAACGGAGAGGAGCCCCACAGGCGGCACAGGCUCAGGAACAGGGCCCUGUCCACCUACGAGUCGGUGGAGAAGGAGAACGGGGAGAAGGAGGCGGAGGCUGGAGAGAAGGAGCACCGGAACCACCAGCCCAAGGAGAACCAGGUUGAGCUGGAGGCCAGUGGCAGUGUGAGUGUCCCCGUGCACACCCUGCCCAGCACGUACCUGCAGAAGGUGCCAGAGCAGCCCGAGGACGCCGACAACCAGAAGAACGUGACGCGGAUGAUCCAACCCCCCCUGGACAAAACCACCACUGUGAACAUCCCCGUCACCAUCACGGCCCCCCCGGGGGAGACCACUGUCAUACCAAUGAACAACGUGGAGUUUGAAAGCAAAACAGAGGAGAAGAAAGACGUUGAUGACCUGACGAAAAAUGGACCUAAACCAAUCCUGCCUUACAGCUCCAUGUUCAUCCUGAGCCCCACAAACCCGAUUCGGCGGCUCUUCCACUACAUCGUCAACCUGCGCUACUUCGAGAUGGUCAUCCUGAUAGUCAUCGCCCUCAGCAGCAUUGCCCUGGCUGCAGAAGACCCUGUCCAAGCUGAGUCACCCAGGAAUGAUGCUCUGAAAUACUUGGAUUAUAUAUUUACAGGUGUCUUUACCUUUGAGAUGGUGAUCAAGAUGAUCGACCUGGGGCUGUUACUCCACCCCGGCUCCUACUUCCGUGACCUGUGGAACAUCCUGGACUUCAUUGUGGUCAGUGGGGCCUUGGUGGCCUUUGCCUUCUCGAGUUUCAUGGGAGGAACCAAAGGCAAGGACAUCAACACCAUCAAGUCCCUGCGAGUCCUGCGGGUCCUCAGACCUCUGAAAACCAUCAAGAGGCUGCCAAAGCUAAAGGCUGUCUUUGACUGUGUGGUGAACUCCCUGAAGAACGUCCUCAACAUCCUCAUCGUUUACAUGCUCUUCAUGUUCAUUUUUGCCGUCAUUGCCGUGCAGCUCUUCAAGGGCAGAUUCUUCUACUGCACUGACGAGUCCAAGGAGCUGGAGAAGGACUGCAGGGGUCAGUACCUCGAUUAUGAAAAGAAUGAGGUGGAGGCCCAGCCCAGGGAAUGGAAAAAAUAUGAGUUCCACUAUGACAACGUGCUCUGGGCUCUGCUCACGCUCUUCACCGUGUCCACGGGGGAAGGGUGGCCAACCGUGUUGAAGCACUCGGUGGACGCCACCUACGAGGAGCAGGGUCCCAGCCCUGGCUACAGGAUGGAAAUGUCCAUCUUUUACGUGGUGUAUUUUGUUGUCUUCCCUUUUUUCUUUGUGAACAUCUUUGUGGCUUUAAUCAUCAUCACCUUCCAAGAGCAAGGAGAUAAAGUGAUGUCAGAGUGCAGCCUCGAGAAAAACGAGAGGGCCUGCAUAGACUUUGCCAUAAGUGCCAAGCCCCUGACCCGGUACAUGCCCCAGAACAAGCAAUCCUUCCAGUACAAGAUGUGGAAAUUCGUGGUGUCCCCUCCCUUCGAGUAUUUUAUCAUGGUCAUGAUCGCCCUCAACACCAUUGUCCUCAUGAUGAAGUUCUAUGAUGCUCCAGAAGCAUAUGAAGAAAUGCUGAAAUGCCUGAAUAUUGUGUUUACAUCCAUGUUUUCAAUGGAAUGUGUGCUGAAGAUCAUUGCCUUUGGUGUGCUGAAUUAUUUCCGAGAUGCCUGGAAUGUCUUUGAUUUUGUCACAGUGUUGGGAAGUAUUACUGAUAUUUUAGUAACCGAGAUCGCGGACACGGACAACUUCAUCAACCUCAGCUUCCUGAGGCUCUUCAGGGCAGCCAGACUCAUCAAACUCCUCCGCCAGGGCUACACCAUCCGAAUCCUGCUCUGGACAUUCGUGCAGUCCUUUAAGGCCUUGCCUUAUGUGUGUCUCCUCAUUGCAAUGCUCUUCUUCAUCUAUGCCAUUAUUGGCAUGCAGGUAUUUGGGAACAUUGCAUUAGAUGACGAAACCUCCAUUAAUCGGCACAACAACUUCCGCACCUUCCUCCAAGCCCUGAUGCUUCUGUUCAGGAGUGCCACGGGGGAAGCCUGGCACGAGAUCAUGUUGUCCUGCUUGAGCAACAGAGCCUGUGAUCCCCUCUCUGGCCUCACCAAGAAGGAAUGUGGCAGUGAUUUUGCCUAUUUCUACUUCGUGUCCUUCAUCUUCCUCUGCUCCUUCCUGAUGUUGAACCUGUUUGUGGCUGUGAUCAUGGACAACUUUGAAUACCUGACAAGGGACUCCUCCAUCCUGGGGCCUCACCACUUGGAUGAGUUUGUCCGUGUGUGGGCUGAGUACGACCCCGCUGCCUGCGGUCGCAUCAGUUACACAGACAUGUAUGAGAUGCUGAGACACAUGUCCCCACCUCUAGGCCUUGGAAAGAAAUGCCCUGCUCGUGUUGCCUAUAAGCGCCUGGUGAGGAUGAACAUGCCCAUCUCCCCCGAGGACCUGACCGUGCACUUCACAUCCACGCUGAUGGCCCUGAUCAGGACUGCCCUGGAGAUCAAACUGGCCUCAGGUGGAGUUAAACAGCACCAGUGUGAUGCUGAGCUGAGAAAGGAGAUCUCCCUGGUUUGGCCCAACCUGUCCCAGAAGACUCUGGAUUUGCUGGUGCCUCCUCACAAACCUGAUGAAAUGACUGUGGGGAAGGUCUACGCAGCACUGAUGAUAUUUGACUUCUACAAGCAGAAUAAGAACAGCAGGGAACAAGUCCAACCCCCCGGAGGCCUCUGCCAGCCUGGCCCAGUGUCCCUGUUCCACCCCUUGAAGGCCACCCUGGAGCAGACCCAGCCCACAGCGUUCAACAACGCCAAGGCCUUCCUGCGCCAGAAGAGCUCGGCCUCCCUCAACAACGGGGGGGCUCUCCCAGCCCCAGAGGGGGGGAUCAAAGAGUCCAGCUCCUGGGGGACCCAGCGCACCCAGGACGUGUUUUAUGAAACCAGGACCCCGGCUUUUGAGAGAGGCCACUCCGAGGAGAUCCCCAUCGAACGGGUGGUAGAAAUGAGGGAAAUCAGCCCCACAGUUGCCAAUGGAGAGCCCCAGCCAGGCCUGGAGAGCCAGGGCCGGGCGGCCUCCAUGCCACGCCUGGCUGCCGAAACCAAGCCCAUCCCGGACACGAGUCCCAUGAAACGCUCCGUGUCCACGCUGACCCCGCAGCGCCCUCAUGCCAUGCACCUCUACGAGUACUCCCUGGAGAGGAUGCCCCCGGAGCAGGGGCACCACCACCACCACCACCGCUGCCACCGCAGGAAAGAGAAGAAGCAGAAGUCCCUGGACAGGGCCGCCCAUCACUUGGCCGAUGGACAGGCUGUAGCCCAGGCCGGUGAGUCUUCUGCCAAGGACAAGAAGGAGCGUGGGCGGUCCCAGGAGAGGAAGCAGCACUCCUCCUCCUCCUCUGAGAAGCAGCGCUUCUACUCCUGCGACCGCUACGGCAGCCGGGAGCGCUCCCAGCCCAAGUCUGCUGAGCAGAGCAGGCCCACCUCCCCCAACGGGGGCCCAGAGCAAGGUCCACACAGACAGGGCAGUGGUUCAGUUAAUGGGAGCCCCUUGCUGUCGACAUCUGGUGCUAGUACCCCAUGCCGGGGUCGGAGGCAGCUCCCACAGACUCCACUGACCCCACGCCCCAGCAUCACUUACAAGACCGCUAACUCCUCGCCCGUGCACUUCACCAGUAUCCAACCCGGCCUCCCCACCUUCUCCCCGGGACGCCUGAGCCGCGGUUUGUCGGAGCACAACGCGCUGCUCCGCGGGGAGCACCAGCCACCCCCGCCGCCCGUGGCCCGCACCGGCUCCGACCCCUACCUGGGGCCCCGCGACGACGCCGACAGCCCCUCGCGCGCCGCGCCCGAGGACACGCUCACCUUCGAGGAGGCCGUGGCCACCAACUCGGGGCGCUCCUCAAGGACUUCCUACGUCUCCUCCCUGACCUCCCAGUCGCACCAAAUCCGCCGCGUGCCCAACGGCUACCACUACACGCUGGGGCUCAACACGGGCCCCGGCGCCGGCACCAGAGGACGUAGCUACUACCACGAAGCCGAUGAGGACGACUGGUGCUAGCGGCCUGGCAGAGCCCUCCGCGGCGGGCGGGUUUAAUUAUGAUGAGUUUUAUCAUCUGGAAGGCCGGCGGGGCAGCCCCUGCCACGAGAACUGCUCUGCGCCCCCAGGGCCGGAGACGCUCCUGCAGCCUCUCUCCUCUCUUUGUUCUUUAUUUAUUUUUCUUUUUUUUCUUUUUUAAUUUUUUUUUUUUUUUUUGCACUAGACAAACGGAGGAAGAAGGCUCCCUCCUUUGGGGGAAGGCAGCACAUCUCUCUGUCCCCCCUGGCCCGCCUCCCCACUGCCCUGUCUAGUCACAGACACGCACCAGGUGCCAAAUUGGCGACAGAGGCGAGAAGCCGAGCGAAGAGGGAUCCUCACCUUCGGUGGUGGAAGAGCAGACUGUCCAUCCUUCCCGAGAUCGGCGCAGUUUUUGUUGGGCUAUUUCUCAGUUAGUUUAUCAGCAUCAUUUUUUCCCCUCCCCGGUCAGGGUGGGAGCGGGGGGUCGCAAAGGACACGCGGGGACAAGGAUCACGCCCGCGCUCGGCCUUGUCGGCCGCUCCGAAGGGAGAGAUGUACCCGAGCAACUGGGAGAGGAGGAACACAGCCCGGAACAAAGGACAGUCCGUUGGGACUUGAUGUUCAGCCACAGGGAUUCCUUUUUGGCAGAGCUGGUGCCACCCCCCUCCAGAGGUGACCCCGGCAGCUGGGACCCCGCUGUGACAGCGCUGCCGUGGGGGUCCCUCUUACCCCACCCACCACAUCGGGUCCUUCACACUGACACACCACAAAGCCACAGGAGAGCUACUUUGUAAGGACUGUUUUCCUUGCUGCUGAGACUUUCCACUCCGCCCCUCUCUGCGACACGCCCCUCACUGUUUUGUCUUGUUUACAAUAUAAGCUUGAUUUAGCAAAAAAAACAAAAAAAACCACCACAACUUAAAAAAAAAAAAAUUAUCCUGAAGGAAAAAAAAGGGAAAAAAAAAAAACAAACAAAAAAAGAGGAAAAAGCGUAGGGGUGAGAAGAAGAAAUGUUAUUGGUUUUAUAUCAAGCUAUUAGAUAGAACUUUAACUUUUCAUUGUGUGCAUUUUUGUAAAUUGUACAGUAAAAAAAAAAAGAAAAAAAAAGAGAAAAAAAAAAUUUACUCUUUAUGUAGAGAAUUAGUCCAAUUGUCAUUCCAGGUCCCACCGUUUCUACCGAAUGCUCCAGUUGUUCACUACUAAGUGCCUAACCUUUGAAAUCUUUCACAGUGACGAUGCAACCUCUUUGCUUCGAUGCAUCAGACCUUGGGCGAGCGUGGGGAGGGCAGGAGGGGCAGGAGGGAGGGCAGAGCCCGGAGAGCCCCUCGCCCUGGAGGGUCCACGGGGCUCCCACCGCCCCAAGAGUGCACUCGAGUGCCAGGUUGGAAGCUUCCAGCGGGGAAGGCAGACACGCUUUGGGGUUGGUUUGGGUUUUGUUGGCCUUUAUUUUUUUAUUAUUUAGUAUUCGAUUUGAUUUGAUUUGGUUUGGUUUUAUCGGUGGGAGGGGAGUGAUUGCAGCAAACAAACCCGGCCUUUUCUCAUUGACUAGCGCUGAGGGAGGGAUGCAGGUGGAAAAGCCCAGCAUCUGCAGGGAUGCUCCUGCAGGAGGAGCAGCGUCUCACCCGGACUGUGAGAGCUCUGGCCGUGCUCCGUGGGGCAUCAUCCGUGUGGAGGACAGUUGGAGUGAGCCUUGGUUUUAUUGCCUGUUAAGAGAAGGUCAAAAGAAUAAUAAUAAUAAUAAUCAAAACCUCUAACUCUGAUUCUCAGGGAUGAGAUUUCUGUGUUCUUGCAACGACUCUUGCGUUGGAUGAUUUCUUUCUUCUGUGCCCCUGUGGAUUUCUGCACUGUGAGCCUGGCAAAGGGGCAAACACGCUGUGCUGGCAGGGAGGGAGGCUGGAAGCAAAGCUUGGGCAGGACCUCCCAUCCCUGGCUCUGCUGAGCUGUUGUAGGGCUGCUUUGGGGCACAGGGUGACCAGAGAACACAAGGAAUAAAGGUGGAAGGAAGAAGGGUGGGAGGUGCCAGACGAGCACAUCCUGAUAGGAAAGAGGAGAGGGUUGCACAGAGGAAUUUUUUCAGAGGAUCUCCCAAGCCCCAGAACUGUGAAGCUUCUCCAGAUGAAAUGGUUGCUUAGGACGGGGAGAGAUCCCGCUGGAUCCCGGUGAUCCCGUUUGGCACUGGGGAGGUUGGAGGGUAUUGGAUGCUACCAAAAUGCUCAGGAGGUCUCUCGUGCUCUCAGCAAAAGCCUUUCAGCCUCAGGCAGGGAGCAGUUUGCUGUAGGGUGGUUCUUCACGUCUCCUGUAGCUCUUCCGUUGAGGAAAUUCAACCUGUUUUUGGUUUGUUGGGUUUUUUUUUUUCCGUUUCCUUCUGUGUUUGUUUUUUUUUUUUUUCCUUUCGUUCCGUUAAUAACAACCUCUGGCCGAUCUCAUCCCUGGAUUCUGCUGAAGGAGAACUCCUGUCUGUAUCUCUGUCUCUGUAUUUUUUCUGUGCACUUCCAAUCACGGCAGUGUGGCAGCCGGAGCUCCCCGUGGGCCGGGCUGGGAUUCCCAAAAGGAGGGCUAUGCAACAAGAUGACACGUUCGGACACACAUCCAAACCACCCACAGUCAGAAAGACCUUCAUCCAUCCCAUAGCUUUAUCUGCUGGAUUUUCCUGUUUCAGGCUUCAGCAUGAUUGUGACCAAAUGUUUGAUACGUUUAUUUAUUUUUUUUUUUCCUCCCUUAAACGAAGGCACAAACACUUUGUUUGAAAAGUUUUAAAGAAAACGUUCCUCUUUUACUCCAGGAGGUUGAAGUGGGAGGGGAAACACAAAAUCUCUCUGCCCGUGCAUGCGAACGUUGUAAAAAAAAAUGGGAAGCAAAAGAGAUGCCUUUCUGUACGGAAUAAUUCUGUCUUUUCCCCCCUUCCUCUUCCAUUUUAGACCCCCCAAAACCCCCAGCCCUGCACUAAAACACGGCCUUGGGUCACCCCCAAUUCUUAGGCAGAACAUGAAGAAGAAUUUUAAGUUGUCUAAAUCCUCCACCCGCCUCGCAGGGGUCGAUGGCAGUGACAGCCAAGCCUGACCACAACUGUUCAUAACCCUUCCCUGGCCUUUUUUUGCAGCCUCUCUGCUGUCUCUUCGACGCAUCCAUAAUAUUUCCAAGAUUCCUCAUAGUGAGUUGCCAAACUUGAAUUGCACCGAUCAGUUUUCUGCAUCCAGAACCAGUCUCGUAGUGGCUGUACUUUGAAUUAAGUAAUGUUUGCAUGUAAAAUAUAUACAUAUAUACAUAUAUAUAAAACGAAACGAGAAAAAAAAAAAAAGUAUGUGCAUGGAAAAAAAAUGUUUAUCUUCGUACUUUUUUGAUACAAUGUAUUCAUCAGUUGUUAAUUUUUAAUUAUAUUUGAUAUAAAUUGGGGGUUUGUUGCAAAAACUUUAUAUUUCAAAAAAACAGUGUUAAAAAUGAACGAAGUUCCGACCAUGCAACACAAGCGGAGCUUUACCCAAAAAAAUAAAAAGGAGGGAACAAAAAAAAAAAAAACCAAAAAUGCAAGGAAAAAAAAAAAAAAAAAAAAAAAGGUUGUGAUUGCCUAGUUUGCUGCCUGAGUAAUAUUUAUCAGCCAAACUUUGAAUUCUGCAGUUGUUUCUACAAUUAACAUUUUGUAUGAAGCAAAGUCCUUGAAUUAAAAAUAAAAACUUAGCAAAAAAAAAAAAAAAAAAAA